AUGCCGCCUCAGAAGAUUGAAACCGGUCAUCAAGAUAUUGUUCAUGAUGUCUGCAUGGACUACUAUGGAAAACGUCUAGCCACCGCUUCAUCGGACUCAACCAUAAAGAUUAUAGGUGUGAAUAAGAACAAUACUUCUCAGCAUCUUGCCACUUUGAGUGGACAUCAGGGUCCUGUUUGGCAGGUAGCUUGGGCACAUCCUAAGUUUGGCUCGUUUCUCGCUUCUUGUUCUUAUGAUGGUAAAGUUAUCAUCUGGAGAGAGGGCACGCAUAAUGAGUGGUCACAAGCCCAUGUUUUCAGUGACCAUACAUCAUCGGUGAAUUCUAUUGCCUGGGCUCCUCAUGACAUAAAUAAGCUUUGCUUGGCUUGCGGAUCCUCUGACGGAAAUAUAUAUGUCUACACAGCGACAAAUAGUGGUGGCUGGGACACCGCUAGAAUAGAUCAAGCUCAUCCAGUUGGUGUAACCUCAGUUUCAUGGGCUCCUUCAACUGCUCCUGGCGCUUUAGUUGGAACAAAUCUUGUGGAACCGGUUCUGAAGCUAGCAUCUGGUGGUUGUGAUAAUACCGUCAAGGUGUGGAAGCUCAAUGGUGGCAUUUGGAAGAUGGAUUGCUUCCCUGCUCUUCAGGGGCACAGUGAUUGGGUUAGGGAUGUUGCCUGGGCUCCUAAUUUGGGGCUGCCAAAGUCCACCAUUGCCAGUGCUUCUCAAGAUGGUAAAGUUGUUAUAUGGACAAAUGCAAAAGACGGUGAUCAAUGGGAAGGCAAGGUUUUGAAGGAUUUUAGGUGUCCAGUCUGGAGGGUUUCAUGGUCCCUGACCGGAAACUUGCUGGCCGUCGCAGUGGGAGAGAACAAUGUCACCUUGUGGAAAGAAGCAGUUGAUGGAGAAUGGCAAGAGGUGACCACAGUUGAUUAA